GUCGUUGGUAUACAAUCUGUCUCUUUGGUUUAAAAAUGCAAACGAAGCUCUCAACUUACUACUGAAAUAUCCACCCUACAGCCCAGACUUGAGCUUCUUCUUCACAAGAGAACACAAGCAAAAACACAAAUUUGCUUGAAGAAAAAAAUGUGUGUGUUUCAAUAGCUUUCAGCUGCCAUUAAUUCCAGUUUUACUGUUAAAGGGUUCUAUAGUUAUUGGUGUCAGAAAAUCUACCGAAGAUGCCAGCGGUAGUGUCAACGCGGUUGCUUCUCCUUGUUGGGGACUCUUUACCCUUGCAAAAAUUGUCACGUGUUUCUAGGAUGGCUUGGUCCCACAGUAGUGUACGUUUCCUGAGUCAGGUUCAUCAUGCUCAUAAACCUCUUACUCUUGCAAGCCUUGGAUUCAAGAGUGACUUUGAAACAAGAGACAAAAGUAAAAAUAACAAAAUUGAGAAACAAAGUUCUUUUGAAGUCCCCAAAAGUAAAGUGAAGGCAGUUAGAAGUAAUGGGAUCGAAGCUGUUGGAGCAAACAAAUCACUUGAGAUAGAGGCAGCUCCUUUUGCCACAAAGUCAUUUUCUGAGCUUGGGCUCCCGCCUUUGUUGUUAGAGAGGUUAGAGAGGGAAGGCUUCAUGGUUCCAACUGAUGUUCAAUCUACAGCGAUCCCUACAAUUCUUAAGAAACAUGAUGUUGUCAUUCAGUCCUACACGGGUUCAGGAAAGACAUUGGCGUAUCUCCUUCCAAUACUGUCUGAAGCAGGCCCAUUGAAAGGUAAAUCUUCCAAUGGUGAUGGUGAAUUUGGGAGGAAAACAGAGAUUGAAGCAGUAAUUGUGGCUCCCUCUAGGGAACUGGGCAUGCAAAUUGUGAGGGAGAUUGAGAAGCUGCUGGGACCUUCUGAUAAGAAAGUGGUUCAGCAACUUGUAGGGGGUGCAAACAGAUCAAGGCAGGAAGAGGCUCUCAAGAAAAAUAAGCCGGCAAUUGUAGUUGGGACCCCUGGCCGUAUUGCCGAGAUUAGUGCAGCUGGGAAACUUCGCACUCAUGGCUGUCGUUUCUUGGUUUUGGAUGAAAUUGAUGAGCUCCUUUCAUUUAAUUUCCGGGAGUCCAUGCACCGGAUAUUAGAACACGUAGGGAAGAGAUCGAGUGCAAACACACAUGGACAGAAAACCCCUCUUGAGAGUUGGGCUGAACGUCGAACUAUUAUGGUGUCAGCAACAGUGCCAUUUUCUGUGAUUAGGGCAGCUAAGAGUUGGGGACAUGACUCACUUCUUGUUCAAGCCAAAAAAGUUAUGCCACUGGAAUCCUUCUCUAUGUCUGCACCUGUAAAUUUUUCGGGGCCUAAACCUGGUUCAAGCUCAAACUCAAAUGUGCCGGCUCAGGCAGCCGAGCUGAGCCUACCUCCUGCACUGAAACACUACUAUUGUGUAACAAAGUUGCAACACAAGGUUGAUACAUUGAGAAGGUGUGUUCAUGCACUUGAUGCUAAGUCUGUGAUAGCCUUCAUGAACUAUAGUAAGCAGCUAAAAGAUGCUGUGUUCAAGCUAGAAGCUCGUGGGAUAAAAGCGGCUGAUCUGCAUGGGGAUCUUGGUAAGCUUGCUAGAUCAAGAACUUUGAAAAAAUUUAAGAAUGGGGAGGUGAGAGUUCUGGUGACAAAUGAACUUUCUGCUAGGGGUUUGGAUGUUGCUGAGUGUGAUCUUGUGGUUAAUUUAGACUUACCUACAGACCCAAUUCACUAUGCACAUCGAGCUGGUCGCACAGGUCGGCUAGGCAGGAGGGGUACUGUGGUAACCAUAUGCGAGGAGCCAGAAAUAUUUGUUGUGAAGAAACUGCAAAAGCAGCUCAAGGUUCCUAUUCCAGCUUGUGAGUUCACUGAAGGCAAGCUCACUGUCUCCGAAGAAGAAAAAACUGCAAAAGCAGCUUAGGUGAUACUUGUUUUUUCUUCAUAGCAUGGCCAGGACAGUUUCCUUGGUUUUAUAUGUCUCCCUCGAGAUAGUUUAGAGGUAUAUUCUAGGGGUUUAUCUACAAGUGAUUGUAAUAUCAAAAGUGUUCUGUGAAGCUCGAUGUACCAUUAUCUGACAGAUUUCAAAUAUAUCGACACAGGCAAUGCACACUUGUCGUGGGUACCAAUUGAUAAUAUCACUUGUAAGUUUAUACGAGAUUUUUAGAUCGAAUUCUACUCGU